UGUGGUUCCUCUAGGGGAGAGCAUUUUUGCUAACUCUAGGACUUUAUGCCUACUAUAAAGCAACAACAAUGGAAACUCAAGAGGGUCUUAAGGAGGAAGAGGUCAUCUGUAACACCAACAGAUUGGCAGCUGCAGAACAAAUGAUGUUUUCUUCAGUGGAGACCUUUGAAAUCAGUGAGUCAAAGUCCAAGAAAAAAUGUGGAGGACAUUGUAUCACGUCUGCAAUAAUCAUCUACUUGGUCCUGUUUACAGCAGGUGUGGGAUUUCUGGUGAUACAAGUUUUGAGUCUACAGAAGGAAAUGGCUUCCCAGAGAUCUUGGCUUCUUACACUUGAAAGACUGUUCUUUCCCAAUGGAACACUGGAAUCCUCCCUGGACGAAGAAUCAGGUCCAUCUUUCUCCUAUAUGCUGUCCAGCAAGUCCCCUCUCAACAUUAAGACUGAGAGAGAGAAGUUUCUGCAAAUUGAAAAGGCAAUCACUGAAGUGCAGGCCAGCCAGAAAGAAUUAUGUGGAAGGAUGGACAACAUUACCAUGAACCCAGGGUUUCGGGGGAACAAAGGUGAUCCAGGCUCUCCAGGACCCCAGGGGGAAAAAGGUGCUGCUGGGUUACCUGGCUUGCCAGGUAUGAAGGGAGAAAAGGGAAUCUCUGGAAGGGAUGCAAUUCCAGGACAACCUGGACCCAGGGGACCACCAGGGAGCCCUGGAGCCCCAGGCAUCCAAGGACCAAAGGGUAUUCCAGGAGAACAAGGACCUGCUGGUAUUGCAGGACCCCAGGGUGAGAAAGGCAUCAAAGGGGAUGGUGGCCUGAUAGGCCCUAAAGGUGAAGCUGGGGACAAAGGAGUUAAAGGAGACCAGGGACUCACAGGAAGCAAAGGGGAAAUGGGCCAGAAAGGAGAUAGAGGUGUGAUGGGACAUCCAGGGUCACCUGGUCUACAGGGUGUCUCUGGGGAGCCAGGAAAAACUGGAAUGAAUGGGUCCCCUGGGCCAAAAGGAGAGCCAGGUCAGCCCGGAGCUAAGGGUGUCCCUGGAAUACCAGGUUUGCCAGGAGUUUCUGGUGCCAAGGGAGAAUCUGGCAAAUAUGGCCCCCCUGGACCACCAGGACUUCCAGGCUUGUCUGGCAUUAAGGGAGCACCAGGUGCAAAAGGAGACAAAGGAGAUUCAGGACAAAAAGGAACAAAAGGAGAAGCGGGAGUUUCAGGUCCUCCAGGUCAGAAAGGAGCCCAAGGAAAUGUGGGGAAUAAAGGUGAACCUGGUGCCAAAGGAGAAAAAGGAAACCACAGCCAAAGACACUUGGUUAGAAUUGCUGGUGGAAGGUCCAAAGGCCGUGCUGAAAUUUUCUACGAUGGUGCUUGGGGCACUAUAUGUGAUGACUCCUGGGAUAAUCAGGAUGCCACUGUCUUCUGUCGCAUGAUGGGGUACAGUUCAGGGACUGCAGUCUCCAAUGAAGGAGGAGGUUCUGGACCAAUUUGGUUGGAUGAUGUUAAAUGCAGUGGGCAUGAAAUUAACCUCUGGGAUUGCCAGAAAAGUCCCUGGGGCUCUCAUAACUGUCAACACAGCGAAGAUGCUGGAGUAAUAUGCAUCUGAUUCCUACAGAGAACAUCCCAUAUUGUUCCCAAAAUCCUUGAAGCCCAACCUGUAACCUGAUGCCAAUCCUUAGGCAGCUAGCUUCACUCUCAAGGUGUCCUAUGUUAAAUAUACAUGCUUGUCUAUGUGUAGAUGACUUCACUCUGUAUCAUUCUCAUGCUGCUUAAGGAAAGAUCCUUAAGGAAAGAAAUAAAAAAAAGCUCUGCUUGACACACUCA